AUGGGCCGGCCUAAGAGCGACAGCACGAGAUAUUACAAGAUCCUCGGCGUGGACAAGACCGCCAGUGAUGCAGAAUUGAAGAAAGCGCACAGGAAACUAGCACUGAAAUUGCAUCCGGACAAAGGCGGUGACGAAGAAAAGUUCAAGGAGAUCAAUGAAGCCUAUGAUGUUCUGCGAGACCCUGAGAAGAGAAGAAUAUAUGAUGAGUAUGGAGAGGAGGCUGUGAAAGAGGGCGGCCCCGGUGGCGGCGCCGGAGGCAUGCAGGACAUCUUUGACAUGUUCACGGGCGGCGGCGGCGGCCGCAGGGGGCAGCCUCGGGAGCGGCGCGGCGAGAAUGUGGUGCACAGGCUCAAGGUCAGCCUGGAGGAGGUCUACAACGGCGGCACACGGAAGUUGUCACUCGCGCGCAACAUCAAGUGCGACACCUGCCAAGGGAAAGGCACAAAGUCCGGGCGGCAGUAUACCUGUGAGACGUGCCACGGCAGCGGCGUGCAGGUGAUGAUGCGGCCGCUGGGCCCAGGCAUGAUGCAGCAGAUCCAGCAGCCCUGCUCCCGCUGCAACCAGACCGGCUACGCGACACCCCCCCACGACACCUGCGCCGACUGCCAGGGCAAGGGGCUGAUGCCGGAGAAGAAGGUGUUUGAGGUGCACAUCGAGCAGGGGCACAAGUACGGCGCCAAGGUGGUGCUGCGCGGCGAGGCGGGCAUGAGCGAGCUGGGCGUGCUCCCGGGCGACGUCAUCUUUGUGCUGGAGCCCAAGCCCCACAAGACCUUCAAGCGCGUUGGCAACGACCUUAUCCUUGACAAGGAUAUCUCGCUGCAGGAGGCGCUGUGCGGCUUCAGCUUCAACGUCACCCACCUCGACCAACGCGUCCUGCAGGUGUCGCAGCCGGCUGGGGAGGUGGUGAAGCCCAACAGCUGGAAGUGCAUCACGGACGAGGGAAUGCCGGUGCACGGGCGCCCCUACGAGAAGGGCAACCUGUAUGUGCACUUCAACGUCAAGUUCCCGACCACGCUCACCCAGCACCAGGUGGCCGCCAUCCAGCAGGUGCUGCCGUCCGCGUCGCGCGACUCCUCCGAGAAUGGCGUCAUGGACGUCGACAGCGAGAACGUGACGAUGCGGCCGGUGGAGGACAUAGAGGAGGAGCUGCGUGCACGGCGGCAGUACGCCAAGUCAACCGGCGGCAGCGAGGCCUAUGACAGCAGCGACGACGAGGAAGGCCGCGGCGGGCAGCGCGUGCAGUGCGCCCAGCAAUGA